AUGAUGUUUCAGUUUGGCAAGUUGCAAUCGACCGUCAUGACUUCCGCGCAAAGAAACAGCAGUCAGGACGGUGCUCAAUACCCACCCGGAGGAAUCCUCCUCAUCUGUACCUACCCCGAAGAGCAUGGGAUAUGUGACCAUGUGAACAACAUUGUAGCUAUCCAUGAGCACUUUGCAGCUCACACAAAGUGCUUCCGUUUUGUGUGCCAAUGCGGGAAACAGUUUGCGGAGCAAGUCUCUGUCUGUGACCAUCGAAGACAGUGCGCCAUAUUUGAUUGUAGUUCUUUGACCACUACAGAAACCCAGGAGGAAAACCAUCGAUCGGAGCAGAUCAAAUAUAUUAAAAAUUAUGUGCCACCGAAGAUCCAGCUCCUAAAAUUUCGGUUGGUUCUCCCCCGGAACCAACACCAACAGACAGAUUUCACAAGAGGAGAACUGGAAGGCCAGAACCUGGAUAUCCCCAUUCACAAUGAAGAGAAGGGUAUUCAGAACCAAGAUCUUAAAAUUCAAGACACAAUGAGAGAAGACCAGAAAGAAGCCGUGAGUAUUGAAGGAGAAGAUGAAUAUGCAUCUGAUGGAAAAUACCAGAAUUCUGGUCACAUCUCUGGCGAUAGCUCGAAUCAAUUUGACCCCAUCCUAGACGCUUCACAGACCAGCUACACUCAGGGACACCAAGCUCCAACGUUUUCCAGCCUGAACCCACAGGAUCCAAUUGAAAAUCCUGACAAUUUCCAUUAUAUUGAUUCGGAUGAAUAUGAAAUCUUUGGAAGACCUGUAUCCCCAAACGAUGUGGAUGUGGCGGGUACCAAUACCGAAAACCACGAUCCAAGUCUCAAUGAUCAGCACAGGGCUUCAGAGGAGUUGGAGGAAUCGCAAGCGAUCUAUGAGGACAUGGACCUCCAAGAUGAGGCCGAGGAGCCAACAUAUGGGGAUCCUAGGUUCAACGAAAUUGUUGAUUAUUUCCCAUCCACCCAGCCGAGACGCAUUUGA